AUGCUGGGGGGGGCGUCUUCUGAUGCUGGACUAGGGUCUGAGGCUGGGGGAAUGUCUGAUGCUAGACUAGGGUCUGAUGCUGGGGGAGGGCCUGUUGCUGGGCGAGUGUCUGAUGUUGUAGUAUGGUCUGAUGCUGGGGGAGGGCCUGAUGCUGGGGAGGAAUGUCUGAUGCUGUGGGCCAGUCUGAUGAUGGUGGGCAGCCUGCACCCAGAUGUACACAGAGUUGUGAUUGUAAAUCUCCAUGAGAAAAAAAAAAAUCUCUAUGAGAAAUCUUUUUUUCAUACGUUCCUGACCACCUUUGUAUGUUCUUUCUUUCUGAAGCAUAAUUGCUGUGCAAUAUCGGUUUGA